GAAGUGUGUUUGUCUUUUGUGUGAUUCUUCAAACUUCACCUGCCAAACAGAAGGAGCAUGUUGGGCCUCAGUUAUGCUAACCAAUGGGAGAGAACAGGUGAUAAAGUCCUGUGUCUCUCUCCCAGAGUUAAAUGCUCAAGUCUUUUGCCACAGUUCCAACAAUGUUACCAAAACUGAGUGCUGCUUCACAGAUUUUUGUAACAACAUAACACUGCAUCUUCCAACAGCAUCACCAAAUGCCCCCAAACUUGGACCCAUGGAGCUCACUGUUGCUAUUAGUUUGCCAAUUUGCCUCCUGUUCAUAGUGGCAGUGCUGACAAUAUGGACAUGUCAAGGACAGCAAUGUGCUUACAAGAAGAAAAAGAGACAAAAUGUGGAGGAACCGCUCUCUGAGUGCAAUCUGGUAAAUGCUGGAAAAACUCUCAAAGAUCUGAUUUAUGAUGUGACCGCCUCUGGCUCUGGUUCUGGUCUACCUUUGUUAGUCCAAAGAACAAUUGCAAGGACAAUUGUACUUCAGGAAAUCGUAGGAAAAGGUAGAUUUGGUGAGGUCUGGCAUGGUAGAUGGUGUGGAGAAGAUGUGGCUGUGAAAAUAUUUUCCUCCAGAGAUGAAAGGUCUUGGUUUCGUGAAGCAGAAAUUUAUCAGACUGUUAUGCUGAGACACGAAAACAUUCUUGGUUUCAUUGCUGCUGACAACAAAGAUAAUGGAACUUGGACUCAGCUUUGGCUUGUCUCUGAAUAUCAUGAGCAAGGCUCCUUGUAUGACUAUUUGAACAGAAACAUAGUAACUGUGGCUGGAAUGAUCAAACUGGCACUUUCAAUAGCUAGUGGUUUGGCCCAUCUUCAUAUGGAAAUUGUUGGUACACAAGGUAAACCUGCUAUUGCUCAUCGAGAUAUAAAAUCCAAAAAUAUCUUAGUGAAAAAGUGUGAAACUUGUGCCAUAGCAGACUUAGGAUUGGCUGUGAAGCAUGAUUCAAUACUGAACACAAUUGACAUGCCUCAGAACCCUAAAGUAGGAACUAAAAGGUAUAUGGCUCCUGAAAUGCUUGAUGAUACAAUGAAUCUGAAUAUCUUUGAGUCCUUCAAACGUGCUGAUGUCUAUUCUGUUGGUCUGGUUUACUGGGAAAUAGCCCGAAGGUGUUCAGUUGGAGGAAUAGUUGAGGAGUACCAGUUGCCUUAUUAUGACAUGGUGCCUUCAGAUCCUUCUAUAGAGGACAUGAGGAAGGUUGUUUGUGACCAGAAGUUUCGACCAAGUAUCCCAAACCAGUGGCAAAGCUGUGAAGCACUCCGAGUCAUGGGAAGAAUAAUGCGUGAAUGUUGGUAUGCCAAUGGAGCAGCCCGCUUGACAGCCCUUCGUAUAAAGAAGACUAUCUCUCAACUUUGUGUCAAAGAAGACUGCAAAGCUUAACAAUGACAGUUGUGCUAGAAGCAAUCACUUUCAGUUUUCAUUUCCAUUUUCCCUCUUUAUGUGAAUGUUUUUGCUUCUUGUUAUUUUUUGUU